GAUGGCGUCGCCCCACAGGGUUCUUCCGCCCAUUGCCAGUCCCACACCUGCUUCGCGCGCUUCGCCCUCACCUGGCGGCCGCAAGGCCAAGGCUCAGGGCGCGGGCGAGGUCGAGGCUGAGGUCGGCCCGAGGCCGAGCGGCGGCGCCGGGUGCGUGGACCUUCCGCGGUUCCCGCCCCCGCCGGCAAGCGAGGAAGCUGCAGAGGUGGCGAGUGCAUGGCGGCGGGCGUACCAGUGGGCGUGUGGUGCGGCGCGCAAGGUGGCCGAGCAAGACGCGGCGCUGCGAGUUGUGCGGACCGAGGCCCGGAAGGCGCUGACCGACGGCGAGCAGCUGCGGGCCGAGAUCAUCCGGCUGCGGGCGGACGUCAAGGCGGCGCGGAACAAUGUGGCAGGCAGCAGCGGCGGUGGAUGCUCAGGCGGGGUGCCGAGCCGAAACUCGCCCAUGUCGGCCCGGGCCAACGCCGAGAUGGCCAAGCUGCGGAGCGAGAACAAGGUGCUGCGAAACGAGCUCGCCGAGGCGCACGAAAAGGCGCGCGCCAUGGAGGCGCGGAUGAUCGCCUUUGAGCAGUCGGCACAGCGGACCCGAAAAGAGGCGACGGCGGUGGUGGACGCCAAUGUCACUUCGAUGGAGACCGCCGUCUUCCGCGCAGACUCGGAGACCGCCCGCUGGAAGCGCCGCCACGCCGCCUUGCACAAGAAGUAUGAGGCGAUGAGAGUCCAGAACGAGCGCGACAAGCGGAAGCGCGCGGCGCAGGCUGAGCUCUUUGCUAGCGAACUCAAAGUCCAGCGCAACAAGUAUGUAAUCCUCCAGACCAAGUACGACGCCGAAGUGACCAAGAACCAACCGCCGAUCUCAAAGGCCAUGCUCCUGCUCCACGAAAAGGCGGCCCACUGGCUCGACAAGUACCGCGUGCUCAAACUUACGCACGAGGCGCUCGUUGCCGACCACGAGGCGCUUGUCACCGAGCACAAGGCUAACACUGUCGAGCUGCGGCGGGCCCGCGACAAGCUGCAGCUGAUAGCGCAGACCGCCCCGUCGGAUGAGGCUGUCGACGCUGUGAUGCCUAGUGCUGUCGGCCGCGACUCACUCGUGCCCGCACACUUGGCCGACACACUCCACGCUAUGCUCACCGAUGCCGACGUCGCCGAGCGCAUUGUGCGCAACCCGGCUGCCUUUCUGCACGCCUCCAUCUUGAGCCUCGAAGAGCACUCGCUCAUCGAUCCCGGUGAGGCGCUCGGCCUCUCAGCCGGUGUCCGCGCCCUCGAAGCGCUUCUCAACGCGGCCCGGGCGCCCAAGGUAGACGUUGAGGCCGAGGCUAAGAAGUCCGCAGAGGAGAUCGAGACCGCCUCUAUGGUCCGCGAGCUCCAGUCCAUGCAGGCAACCAUGGCCCGGUUGGAAGCUUCUGCCGAACAGCUCCACACCGAGGUCCGCCACUGGAAGGCCGAGAACCGCAAGGCCGCUGCCCGCAUCGCCAAGCUCGAGGCCCUGCUCCGCGAAGCCCAAGACACGGGCCAUGCCUGAUCCCUCUUUAAGCGCAACAGUGAACUGCUGGCAGCCUGC